AUGCCAGUUCUUCUUCGCUCUGUCGGUUUCGGCCGAUCCAACAACAAUCGAAAUCUUCGAGCGGCUCAAGCAGCUCAGAAUGCUGGAUCUCGUCGAAUCUCGCAAGCUUCGGCGUCGGCCGGAUCCCAGUCAACUCGUCAAUCUCAACUCGAAGUCGCCAAGGAGCGAGUGGUUCAGAGUCGAAUACACGAGAAAGAAGAAGAACCCGAAGAGAAUGUGACAUUUGGCCAAAAGUUGCAUCAAAUCUACAAAAAAUAUCACAUAAAGUAUUUGUUUCCUUUGAUGUUUAUAAUGGUCUACAUGUUAUUAGGAGCCAUUUUAUUCUAUUUUUUGGAAAGUGGAAGUGCCGAAAAAAACGCAAUGGACGAAGACUAUAAAUAUAAAAGAGAACGUCGAUUGUUGUUACUUCGAAUGGAGGAACUCGUUCAAGAUUCGGCAACAAGACGACGAGCAUUUCGAAAAAAGGCACUCGAGGAGGCAAUAGAUAACUAUGAGAAUAAACUCGAUUUUUCUGUGAAAAACGAGUCGCAAUGGACAUUUAUGUCGGCCAUGUAUUUUGCGGGAACCCUUUUCACAACCAUCGGUUACGGCGAUAUUGCCUGCAGCACAUCGGCCGGUCGGAUUGCCACUGUCAUCUAUUCUUGUAUUGGAAUCCCGUUUAUGCUCAUCACUUUGAAUGACCUUGGAAAAUUUCUCUAUAACAAUAUCAACGGUUGUGUGAAAGGGCUCGAAGACUUCGGAGCAAGUCUCGGGGUUUUUAGGCUGUGCAGAUUCCGAAAUUCAAACACAACUAGUAAAUUGGAUGAGUUGGUCGCGUUAGAAACUGGCGAAGCACAUUUGAACGAAGUGAGCUCGUUGGCUUCCGAGCUCGGAAGUGAAAGAAAUGCGAGCGAUUACGAGUCGAUUGAAGACAAAGAAGAGCGCGCGAUGCCUCGAAUGAGUGUGAAAGUCGCCUUAGGAAUCACUGUCGGAUGGAUUUUCUUCUGCUCGGCACUUUUCAAACUGUGGGAAGACGAAUGGACGUACGCGGAGAGCUGCUAUUUCAUGUUCAUUUCACUAUCAACAAUCGGUCUUGGAGACAUUUCGGUUGCACGAAGAGACAUGAUGGUCCUUUGUUUUGUGUUUGUGAUCAUCGGCCUCUCCCUUGUCAGCAUGACAAUCAAUGUAAUUCAGGUGGCAUUGGAAGACUUUUAUGUGAAUCUGAUGAUGAAGCUGAUAAUUGAAUAUCAAGAGAAAAUGGCGGCCGGCGGAGAUCAAAUGGGUGCUUCGGUUGGAAUGAUGCGAAUGUGGGGAAACAAUAAAACCGCGAAAUUUCUGAUGCCGUUAUUGAGCAAAGAAAAGAAAAAGAUGGCAAUGGAAAAAGUUGAAGUGAAGGCAAAAGAAAGCGGAUUCGAAGUGCCUGCAAUUCUAACGGAUUUGGAUGAAAAAUCUGGAAUGCCAAAAUUGUUUCAUAUUGAAGACGCAAAGAAUGAGGAAGAAAUGCCAAAAGUUCUUGAGGAAAUGGUCCAAAAACAAAUUGAAAUUGAGGCUGCCGCUGAAGAAAUUUUGCCAUUACUCAUUCAUCAUGAUGCAAAUACUCAAACUGAUAUUAUUCCAUCGGAAGAGAAAGGAUAUCAAACUGAUGAAAAAGUUUACGAAGAACAUGCAAUUCAAACCGAUGUUGAUGCGAAAAAUGUUGAAAACCAGGAGAUUGAAACUCAAACUGAUCUUAUUCAUAAUUGUGUCGUCGAAACUCAAACGCCUCACAUCGAAGUUUGCGAUUUGGAAAUGAACACAAUUGCAGCCGCAAUUAAAAAUACGGAUUGUCAGACUGAAGUUGUUUUAACGAAAGAGCAAGAUCUACAAACUUAUAUCGAUACUGCCGAUGAAGAAACAUUCACAGAAAUUGAGACUAAGAAUAUUCGAAUUCAAACUCCACAGCCAGUUAUUGAACAAAAAUCGGUACAAACCGAAGAUUUGGAUGAUCGAAGAUCUCCCUCAAAAAUGUCAUCAGCGAAAAAACGCCUUCGUCGAGCAUUUGCUAGCAAAUCGAAACCAACGCGAAGCAGUCUCGAUAAUCCAGUAAUGAGCGAAUGGAAGGAUGUCGAGGAAGUGGAUCCGGAGAUCGAAGAAGAAGAACGAGGAGACGACGAAGAAGACGCCGGUUCAGUAGAAUCUCUUCACUGGGAUCCAGUAGAUGGAAUGCAUGCUGAAAAACAACUUCCCGUCAAAAAAUUAAAAGCGAUGUUCGAUUCGCCGAAGGGAACUCGGAAAGUCGAGCGAAAGUACUCAUCGUUCAGCAAAAAACCCGAUGAAAGACGGACGCGAAACAAAUCCGAAUGA